UAUAGCAGCCGAUCAGCUUUGUUUAGUAAACAGUGCGGAGGUUUUUGUGAGCAAAUAUUAUAUUUCGCAGCGCAGUGUGUGUGCCGCUGCCUGGGGCUUGACAGCCUCAUGCCCGCAGCCCCACGCCCCGCCCCCUGCAGCACAGGUGAGCCACAGAAGUGGAGUUGCCAUGAACUUCCCUGAGGUGCGGGCUAUGGGAGGCAGCAUGGGAGGCAUGGGGAUGGGUGGCUCGGGGCUCCCCACCCACACUCCUACGCCCACAGCCUCAGCCACAGACACAAGCUUGCCUCCAGUGUCUCCACCAAUUGUGUCUCCAUCCGAAGCCACCCCUUAUGUGGGUUUCCAGGCCACCUCUGCCCUAUCCUCACCGCCAGCAGUAUCACACCCCAGCCUAGCCAGUAUGUGGGGAAUUGGCGGCUUCACCACGCCCCCUCUGCCACCUCCACCUCCUGUUGUUUGCCCCAAUACCAUUGCCUCCACGCUGGGUAUUCCACAGAUGCCCAACGUCACCUAUUUCAACUCCAGGGCACCCAUGGGCUUCCAUUCCAGGAUGGCUGGUGGCCCUAAUGGUAUCCCUUAUGCAUUUAAGCGCAAACCAGAGGAGGAGCCUGAGGAGAUCAAGCCCAUGGCCAAGCAGCAUAUUAGUGAGGAGAGGAUGACAGCUCACCUGAACUCCCUGCACCUCUCAGACAGCUACUGCAACCACCGCCUUGGCAAGGGAAAGCCGUACAGGAACAGAACAUCAAGCAAGGAGUUGGAUGAUGAUGACGAUGAUGAGGAGGAUGAAGGGAUGGGUGGCGAUGGGACAAUGGACUCGGACUUGCAGGGAGCGCGUCUCAUUAUUGCCGAUGAGGUGAAGAAAAUUGUACCUGGAGAGGCCAAGCUGCCGGAAUCUAUACUGCAGAAAUUGACAAAGCCUAGCAUGGAGGUGGUGUUAUGGCAGCCACCCCCCUCCAUCCUGGGCACCAUCAUCACCCCGAACAUUGAUGCAAAAAUCAAGGCGUCAGAGAAUGCUGCUGAGAAUGCUGAUCCAUCACCUGCCACCUCCACACCUUCCUCUAAUGCCACCACAUCCACCUCUCCCUCCAUCCCCUCCUCAUCCUCAUCUUUAUCCUCCACCACCACAUGUACAUCCUCUUCCUCUGCAUCCUCUUCUUCCUCCUCCUCUAGCAGCUCACCUGAUUCUGGGAUAUCCAUUUCCUCACCUCCUCCUGCUCUCUCCUUUUUGGGACGCAAUUCUGUCACCUCCCUCACCCCCUCCACCUCUGCUGCUGGGGGGACAUCCUCAGAGCUUGGGUUGGAUCUCCUCUCCCUUCCCUCCACCUCCUCAGGCUCCAGGGGCAGUGGCUUCCCUCCUCCUCCCCUGAGAAGGCCUGCCAGCCCUCUGCCAGAUCCAAUGGUAGAGGAUGACUUCUCUGAGAGGAUGGAGUUCAACAAUAAUAAUGGGAAUGCACCAAACUUCAUGUGGCUUGAGGAGAACAACAACACGGCUCUCAUUGACCUGAACGCUGUGGAACCCCAGCGAGCCGCCGCCGCUGCUGCUCCCCAGCCACCUCUCCCGGAAGACGUGCCUGACUUCCCUGACUAUGAUGAUAUGGAUCUAUAACACUGCCACUGCCACUGCUGCCGACUUUGCCUCCUGCCUGCAUCUCUCCUGACUGGCAGAUGAGUGAGAGCAUGAGAAACAAUUGCACACACACACACACACACACACACACACACACACACACACACACACACACACACACACACACACACACACACACACACAUUUAGAGAAAGUAUUAUUUGAAGAUGGUUUUUAUUUUACAUUUUUGUUACUGUUGUCACCAUAUCUAGCUCCUCAUUGCAGCAUUGAGUGUAUUAUGGCAUGUACAACACCCUCUGCAGGAUUACUCUAAACACAUUCCUUCAAGUAAAGCAAGGGGCAACUAUUAUAGCUAUAUUGAGAAGGUUCUAAAAGUUAUGUGGUAUUCUUACUUUAUUUUUAUCUUCCUAUAUACCAGGCUGGCAUUCCUGUGCAGGGUGGCGAAGACAGACUUGACACACACAUAUGCACAUUCACCCUCCAUUCACAUUUUUAUCCCCAUUGCUCGCUUGGUCUCUAAUGGAAAAGGAUUUACAUACAUACAUACAUUCAGGCAUACACUGUUCAUGUACAUAUUCUCAUCCUCAAUAUACUCUGUUACAGGCAGGGACACAGUGUCAAAAAAGUGUGCACUGUGACACCAACAUUGCAACACUAAAAGAAUAAUAAAAAAAAUAAUAAUUAUAAAUAAAUAAAUAAAAAAAAAAAAAAAAAUAGGAGAAAAGAGUCAUGUCAGUGCAAGGCUCGCAGGGUUAUUGGAUCUGUUACCAACGUUUACAUCUAUAUAAUCUGUUCUGUUAUUGUGUUUUCCUUUUUAAUUUUAGAUGGCUUUAGUAUAUUUUGUCUCGCGUUAGUUUCUGGCUGUUGUGUGUCAGUUAGGAGCAUCGUAUUCCAGUCUGUGGUGAAAAGGACAGUGAUAUGCAAUUGGGUGUGGCAGGAGAGGAGUGUUGUAUAUCCAUGUGUUGAUAUAAGACUCGCUAGUGGGGCUGUGAUGGAGAGAGCAAGUGAUAUCUUCCAAGGAUCAGGUCUGUUUGGGCCACCCUGGAACCUUUAUUGGUCUGAAUCGACUGUCCUAAUAUGACAGAGCUUAUGUUUAGGUUAAGUAAUCAGGAAAGUAUUUGUGUUGGGCCUAAUGCAAACUUUUUCUCUAAUGUUUACUCCUUUGAAGAAUGUCGAAGGUUUACUGAAAUAGGAGUUGUUAAAAAGAAGCCUGUUGAUGAUGGAUUGAAAUUAGUAUGGCACUGUCACUGGUUUGAAUGACGUGAAAUGAAACCAAGAAGUCAUUGUUGGCAGCAGAACGUAAACCCAUUCAUUACCACAGCACUAGUAGCAUCAGUACUUUCUAGAAAUAUAGGAUGUUAUCAAGUUAGGAACUGUAUUUUGUGUAAUCAAGGAGUUGCAAGUUAGGUAAUUACUCAUCCUCCAGAAUUGCACCUUAUUUACUCUUUAUUAUAACAAACAGUAGGCAGUUUAAUGAAGUUUGGCAUUUGUCUGUGGCAGUGAAUGGACUGAACAAUUUGCUGGCAGACAGGCAGAAGAGUGUCAUGAGUGAUGGACUGAGAUGAGUAUCAAUGAAGUAUUAAGCCCAUUGGUGGCAGACUGAAGGAGGACAGGACUUGUGAAUAGCACCUCAGGCUGUAGGGAAGGACACUCAUUGUCUUGUUCUGUUAGCAUGCCUUCACACAAUGCCACAAGUUACCGCCCAUAAUUUGCAGUAGAGCCUUUCAUGCGAGGCCACCACACUUGACUCUUUCACUUAGGGGUAACUGGUGGUGUUAUGUGAAGGGGCCUUAUUGUCUCUGCGUAUGUAUUCUUAUUUUAUCUUUAUCCAUGGUUUCUUUUUCCCUGUUUGUCUUUUAUAUAUUUCUGUCUAUAUGUAUUGGUUUUCCCAUUUUUUUUCAUGUUUUUAUUUUUCCUAUUUGCAUUUUUUUAAAUACUGUUGCUUUUUAUCUAUUUUCUUUAUCUCCUCUUGUAUUAUUUUUUUAUUUUUCUAUGAUGUCCAGCUUUACUUUUCUUUUUUGUCUUUAAUAUUUUUUUUCUUGGUAUUUUCAUUUUUCUGUUUUUUCCUGUAAGUACACAGAAUUCUCUCGGAGCAACACAGUAUACUAGUAUUUCAUGUGACUUGCCUUCUUCAUCAACCUCCCAGUCAUUCAUUCAUUCACUUAUUCAUUCAUAAUGCACUGAUAAUGGUAGCACACAUCUUGCUUCAAGGCUUCAUCACAUUUGUGUGAUUUGUAUUACAUAAAAUGUACAAGACUCCAAAGAUGGUGUAUACAUUUUAAAAAGAAGAUUGGCCUACAUCUUUACUAUUUGCAUUUAAGAAGAAAGACAAUGAUUUUAUCUUAUUUAUCUAUUUAAUUGAUUUUCCUUACCAGUGGAAUUUAUCUUCACAUGCAUCUUGGAAAUUGUUGAAGUCUUUGAUGCACUGGCUUGUAUUCAUCAUCAAAGCUGUAUAAUGAUAUUGUGUGGCAGUAUUGAAGGGGACUGGGCAUGGUGAAGAGUUUUGUAAUCAGGUAUAUAUACUGUAUAUCCAUGUAUCUUUAAGUGGUAGGGAGGAAGGAUUCUACAGUAAGCCCAGUGUGUAUGCAGAUCAUUAUAGUACAUGUGAAUGGCAAUUUCUAAGUGAUUUAUGUUACUCAUAGCUAUUCAUGUACUGUAUAGAACAUGUAUGAAUUAGGAUUAACUAUAAAUUUUGAAGUUCUUUUCCAUUUAUCAUGUCUUGAAUUUUCCAUUAUCUAAGAUGUAUUUAUGAGAUUUCAUUCAUAAAUGUAAAUUCCACACACACACUUACACAAAUCAUAGCAAAUGGAAAAUAUCAUACUUCAGGAGUCAGUGAAGUUAAGUAUUUGUAAAAAUCAAAACUUAUGAGUCAGGCAUUUCAGAUUGAGACUUGGAGAUCAUUCUUAAAAAUAAAGACAAAGAACAAAAUUACAUUUUUCUAAGCUUAAAAACAUAAUCAAUAGGGAGUUUUUGGAACUCAACCACCGGAUGUCAUCGCUAACGUGUCCCCUAGUGACAUGAGCUGAAUUGUUGUUUUGUAAAUCCCAUGUGCAUACAGAUGCAUAGAACAUUGAUCAUUAUGAUACUUUCAAAAUUCAUGUAUGGAUGAUUUUAAAGAUAGUAAUUACUACAGUACUUUGAAAGAAUUGUAUAGAAAAGUACAUUACAUAAGUUCAUUGCAUCUUUAUGUACAUAGAAUAACACUGUAGUCAUAUUUCUUAUUGCUCUCAUGUAGGAGAAGGGAACAUGUCUGAUGCUGCCAUCUAGUGACACUCAUUAGUUUACUAAAAUUCAUCGUUGCUCCUAAAGUCACUGCCAAACGUGAAAACUCAUCAUCAGUCGUUCUUGAAUCAAGACAUAGGUAGGAUAACAUUGCAACAUAACAUCAAUAUUCGUGAAUCAACAUAAGCAUUCAUAGAGCCAAGACUCGCCUGCAUUACCAACUCCAUAAGUCACACCAAGACUAAAACUGAUGAACAAGACAAGCAUUUCAAACACGAGCACCCACACUGCAUAAGGAUCAGUAACUCCCCAAGAGGUGGUCAUGGUAGCAUAUGUAAAUAGAAAUAGCAACUGGAAAGCCACUGUAACCCUAUCAUGGGACUUUCACAAUUAUGUUCCUAGUGGAUAAAGUUUAUUUUAGUACUCUGUAGCAUCUUUUAACACAUGGCUUUUGCUUAGGGUUGCUGCUCUUAGGUGUGUAAGUACUGCUUUUCUUACAGCAUCUGUGGGUUGGUGCAAGAAGGGUGUGUAUGAUCAUGUGAGAGGACACUCCUUGUCUCAGUGAUAGUAUGUGAAGUGUGUGAAGGAAGAGAAGACACUAACAGAUAAGUGAGGGAAAAGAAUAGAAACUAGUAACGUGAGUGGGGGGGAAAGAAAACUUAAGAAUGAAGUGUGUGAGGGAAAAGUGGGAACUAAUAAUCAAGUGUGUGCAAAGGAAAUGAGAGAAAAUUGUGUAAGAGAAAGUUGAGUAAAUAAUAUGCAAGGAAGAAGAGAGGAAAUACUAAUGAAAGUAAAUAUAUGAAAGAAUUUUAAAAUGUGAAGUGGCAAAUGAAGAAAGAAGGCAAAAAAAAAAAAAAAAAAAAAAAGUGAAUGGAGGAAACACAAGCUAAGAUAAAUGUAUGAAUGAAUCCAGAAAACAUAACAAAGCAGAAUGUAAAUAAAGAAUAAAUGAGAUUAAUGUACUAAAGGAAGGAUGUCAAAGAUAGAAUACAAACCAAAGGAUAGAUGGUCAUUGAGUGAAGAGCACACUAUAACACUUGAACUGUUGUCAUGUAAUUCAGAGAUUGAGGUGUUGCUAUGCAUGAGUAAUUAAUUUCUUGCAGCCACACAGUAAUGGAAUUCACACAACUUUGCUUCUGAUAAGUGUGUGAGAGAGAAAGAAAAAAGAAACAUAACACAAGGUGGGUGAGAUAAUAAAGGAGGAUAAGUAAUAUAAUCAAAUUUUUAAAAAGUAAGCAAAGACAAAGAGGAUUGUCAAUCAAACAAGAAGCAAUUUGAUAUAAAAGAAAACAAAGUGUGCUUGUUAAGAUGUACAAAUGCUAAGUAACAGUGACAGAAAAUUAUUUAGUACUCAGCACUGGAGAGGCAAUAAUGAGGUACUUUGGUCAUGUGCAGAGGACGGAUGAGAAUUACAGGUAAAGGAGAUGGACUCACUAGGAAAGAGGAGGACCAGAGAGGUAUAUUGAAAUUAUAUAGUUCCAUUAAAGAAAGAAGUUGGGAUAGUGGGUGUGGAUGCUGAAGACACAGUAAAGUGGGGGUGAGUUAUAUGUUAUGGCAACCUUCAAUGGAAGCUGUCAGAAAGAGAUUUGAAGAGGAAGUGGCAUUAGUGAUAAGUGGAGAGAUAAUUCAUGUAUACUGUAUUGAAACAUGUAAAUAGUGAACAAGUGAACAAGUGUAUAGGAACGUGAGGGAAAGGAAGAUUUUGUUGUUAGUGAUAUUGACUCUUAUCAUACUCCCUCUACUCUGUCUUUAGGGAAACUGUUAUUUGCAUGAUGUUAAAGACAGAAAUGUGUUAUUAUACUGACUGAAUUAUUUACUGCAAGGGUACAGGCAAAGCAUGGUUCCCCUGUAGUCUGUCUUGUGUACAUACGUAAGUAGAGUUUAUGUAUUUCUCAUUUCCUUUUACCUUGUGAGUUAAAGUUAAAUUUUGAGUUGUUUCCAUAGUUCAUUUUACUCUUUGUAUGUUGGAUUACUGUACACAUUCAUCUCUUUCCACAUUGCUACCUUUAUUAUUGUUACGUUUGUCAUUCAGUUAGAAGGAAGACGUGAAAUCAAUACUUUGUGGAUGAGAAUCAAAAAUACCAAACAUACUCACAAAAAAAAAAAAAAAAAGAUGAUUCUUAAUAUUUUUUGGGGGUUAAGAUCUUGAUGAAUGCAUACUAGUGAGAUAAUUAUACAUGCUAUAUAUACUAUUAUUACUACUCAUCAUAAGGAAACAAAUGCCACAUGCUAUUAAUACCUAAGACUUUGCCCUUCUAUUUCUAGAAUUUUCUCAUAAUUUUUUUUUUUUCCUGUGAAUUUGCCUUUUUCCAUCCCUGAUUAGAAUAUGGCAGCAUAAUUAAUUUUCUUGCCUCCCCUUUAGAAUGUGUUCACUUAAUUAAUGGUCCUGUAUUUGUAAGUUGCUUCCGUAGAUGGUAAUUCAGGAGGAUUUGUUGGAGGAAGUGUGUGAUGUGUGGGAGAAAGGAAGGGUUAGGGGUGCUCUCUGGGUGGUGGUCAUUCUGGCAAAACUGACUCGCAUUUCAGGGUUUUGCACUAGGAAAAAUAUGAAUUGUAAGGGAAAGAAGAAAUAUUUGGAAGACUUCAAAGAAAAUUACAAUAGGAGAGCAGUAGAAAUUUUUUUUUUUUCCAAGACUUCCCUUAUUUUUAUUGCUUCAACUUUUAGUGAAAUUAUUGCAAAAGAAGUAGGAAAGAUAUUUCUUUAAUUCAUUGAAAUAAAAUAAACUCAGCCAUUUUAUUAAGAUCUUUUUUUUCUAUUCUUUCUACUGUAAAUAAAACAUUUUGUAAAAGUUUAUGAAAAGAAAGAGGAAAGGACUUAUUGCAAUUUUAUCAUGAACUUUUUAUUUUGAUUUUAUUAUUUUCCUGAAAUAUCUGGAAAAAGUUUAUAGGUAAAAUAAUUAACCUUUGGACACUUCCUGGGACUAAUUAUUGUUUUUCAACAUUCACCGAAACCUUUUGAGAAAUCUUUACAGAUCCCCAAACUUGAGGUAAACUUUUGAAUCACUCACCACAUCUGUUCAUUCUCAGUUACUGGUAUUUUUGGAACACAUCAAAUGUUAUGAUGGGGUUUAUUUAAAGGGAGAAUAGAAGAAAGAGUUUUGAAAUACCCAUCAAAUAUCUUCCUGCCAUUAUUUAAAAAAAACAAAAAUGUGAGUGUUGUAAGAAUGGACAAGAGUAGAAAACAAGAAUUGCCAUCACUCUGAGGCGCCCUUGGGGAUACCACAAAGUACAACCUUGCCGCCAGGGUGUGAGCAAGUGAGCAUACACGUGCUCACUUGUGGCCAAAUACAGUGUAUGUACAUAGUAUAGUUAAUGAGGAGUCAUCUCACACAGCUGUUCUGUUUCUAGUAUGUAUAUUUAGUAUCUGCUGAUUAGCAAGAGCACUUGAUCUGUUAGUCCAAAUGCUUAUGUAGUAGUCUCUAUCAUGAGUUUCCACUUUUUAUUAGGUUCACAAAAUAUGUAGUAAGAGCACUUAAUUCUUUGUCUUUUUUUAAGUAACAUACCAUGUUGUAGUUUAUGAGUAAGUAUAUGUAUAUGUAGGUAUUCUCUUCAAUUGAGCUUUUUUUCUAGUACAUCCACAAGUAAGUAAGAUCACAUUAGACACUCAAGUAAUACCAUUGUGUCAUCCAUACUCUGGUUACUUUCUAUUCCUUGUCCAAUGCAGUAUUAUAUCAUGUACAGGUAACAAACUUUUAUUUCCUCUAUGCUGAGAAGGUUCAAGCAAAGCCAUAGCAUGAUCAGGGCUGGAUUGGCAGAUGUACUGUUGUGGUGGUCUGGUAACAGUUUGUAUACAGCUAGAGGUGAUGACAGCCUCACCACACAGACCUUAACCCCUUCACUGCUUGGCUCAUCCUUGGUAACUACAUUGAAAUUUGCAUGGACGCAGAACAAAAAGGAAGUUGAUUUUGUCAUUUGUAGCCUAUUAAGAGGGUAAUACAAAAGCAUUUAAUGGUUGUGUCAUGUCAAAAAUUGUUCAGCAGUUAAAGGGUUAAGGAAUAAUAUUGAGUAAUGCGUUAAUUUUCAAAGUGAGGCGCCGUUUCUUGCUAUUACAAUCUGGUACCAAUCUAUUGUCUGGGUUUGCUGUGGUCACAAUCAUCCCAAUAGGUUAUGGCAUUUUGUAAGGAGGUCAGCUGCUGCCUUGUAGAACCCUCUCACCUUUCUCUAUUGUGACUGAAACAGAAGAUAAAACAAAGGAAAUAUGAACCAUCCUUUGAAAGCAGGAAAUCAAAAAGCUCUCGUUCUGUGAGGAGUAGAUGCAGAGAAGCAGGAAGGCCAUCAAAACAUAUCAUUGUCUCCUCCAGUGGCAAUACAGUCAAGGUCAGCAACGUUCAACUCAAGUCUUGAGUCAUCAUGGUCUCCCUGGUAAUGCGUCGGGAUUGCGUUACCAUGUUGCUUCUUAUGGUUCAUAUCUUUGGCCUAACUUAACCUGAUGUAACUUGACCUGAUCUGUGAUGGUGGCUGGAAUGCAAGGCGAGAAGUAACUAGCGCAAACUAUCAUAACUAGUGUUGGGUAUUUCCUUUUCUUUUUUUUUCUUUUUUUCUUUUUCUUUUUUCUUUUUUGUAGGGAGAAAGUACAUAUGAUUUAUAGUUUUUUAUUGAUUUUGGCAUACAGCUAAUACUCCAGUAAUGGGUAAUUGAACACAGAGUUGUACGAAUGAUGACAGUGUAAGAUGGAGAAGAAAUAUACUGUGCACUCCUUCA